GUGAAGUGAGAGCAGACUUAAAAAAUUUGAACUUUGUUGUACAUAAAACCGGUGGAAAAGAUAAUAUCUGAAACUGUUAUUUAUAUGUUUACGUCUUUAAUUUUCGUGAAACAUUUGCUUUAUAUGAUAUUAGCUUAUAAGGGUUGAAUGAUAUCUGCUGUAAUGGGGGUUAUUUAAAAGUAAACCCUGGAACGUCCGCUAUUUAAUCACCAUGAUUUAUUUUCUUACGAAUUUUUGUUGAAGUAAUUUUUUCGCUUGUAAAAUGAUGAAUAUGAUAAGUAUAACUGCUGAAGCUCUAGGAUGGGCAUUCGAGUAUACGUUAUCAUUAUUACAAAAAUUCUUACAUGUAAAUUAUUGCAUCGUUGAAUUUGUGAUUAAAAUUUGUCAUAGCCUAAUGCAAGUUGCUUCCGAGGUACUACUAUGCAUAUGGGAUGUACUAUAUUGUUACUACUGUGAUUUUAGAGCAUUUUCUUCGGAAUUUACUGCUGGUGUAUACUUUAUAGCAAAACUGAUAUUUGAUAUUUUAUCAAGUUCUGUGUCUCAUAUAUAUACUUUUGUAGGCUAUUUAAUGGAAAUACUGAGUUUGAUACAGUUAAAAAUAUUGACAGCUACAAACUUUAUUGUAUAUUAUACAUCACAGAUCACUGAAAACCUGGUGUACUGCAUUCAGUUACUGUUUGCUGCUACAUUGUUACUUCUUCAACUGGGACCUAAUUUAUUAAUGCUUUUUUAUGAAGGACUUUUAUUAUGUUGUAAAUCCAUGUUGACAGGGUUAAAAUAUGCUGCUUGUUCAGUAUUUCACCAUUUAUGUGUAUUUCAACUUCAGUGGUUCAAUGCAGUAUUUAGUAUUCCUGCCCAGGCCUAUGUUGGCCUUUUCAUGCUUUCAGUAUUAUUUUAUUUCUACAAAUCGAUUAAACCUUUCUUACAGUCAUAUUUUAUUUUACUCACAGCAUUUAGUAUGCAUCUGUUUCAGAAAAUGUACUACUGCAUUUUUAUAAUUUUUACUUAUUUCUCUAGAAUUGCAUUGAAAAUAAAAGCAAUGUAUGGAAUAUUUAUUCCAUGGAGAAAUGUUCAAGAUUCUGAAAUAUUUCAACAACCUUCCACUAGUCAUACAUUAAACUACCAGCCAAAAAGAAUAAGUGCAUUUUAUAAAUAUAUAAGCAGGAAGAACUUUAAAUUAAAAAUACCUUUUUAUAAAAUAGAAGAUGAUUACAUGGAUCAACAGUUAGAGUAUUUAAAAAGAGAAUUGUCUGCGGAAAAGGAAAAGCAUCUCUGUGUAGUUUGCCAUGAUAGUGAAAAAAAUGUCAUUUUAUUUCCUUGCAGACAUAUGUGUAUGUGCGAGAGCUGUACUUUAGCCCUUCAGUCUUCUUUUCAAGGUUGUCCUCUUUGUCGGCGACAAAUUUUAAGUGUCUCCCAAGUGUAUACAUGAUGUUUUUUCAGUAAAAUUUAUAAAUAAAUCAUUAUGAAUUAAUUUUUUUAAGUACUUUUGCAUUAAUGCAUGUUUUCCUUAAGCUAACUAAGCUUUUUCGGAGAGAGGAAAGUUUAAAAAAUGUUAAAAUAAAGAUUGUAAAACUA